UUGUUGUGAGAGAUGAGUUGAAUGCCUUGCUAGCUCACAGUUUGCCUCCAAACUCAAAGUUUUCGCAGGAACAGACAGUCUCCAAAAUGCCGAGGCUGGAGGCAGAGCACAGAAGAGGUUUAAGGUCAGUCUGUUGAAUGUGUUGACUUAUCAACCAGGCAUCUAUUGGUGCAGGAUGCCAGAGAUGACUGAAACCAAAACAUCUGGUCGUAAAGCCAAAAAGAAGAAAAACAAAGAAUCUCACAAUGCAGUUGAGAGACACAGAAAGGAGAAGAUCAAUGCUGGAAUAAACCGCAUUGGUGACCUUCUGCCCUGUUCCCAGGCGCUUAAACAGAGCAAAAACAUGAUCCUAGACCAGGCUUUUUGCUACAUCGCUGAACUGAAAAAACAAAAUGACGCGAUGCUUCUGGAAGGAGGAGAUAAAGUUCAAGGGGAAGAGAUCAGGCGGCUCCGGCGGCAGUUGGAGGAGCUAAGGAAAGAGAGUGCUCACUACAUCGAGCUCCUCAAAGCCAAUGAUAUCAACAUUUUAGAAGACCCCACCAUUCACUGGAAGGGAAAGCAGCGCUCCGCCAAGGUGGCUAAGGUGAUCCCAACUCACCAACUUCCAAAGGGGAUCAUCGUCUAUUCCAAUGGGAAUGUGAUAUGCCCAGCAGGGAAGGAGAGUAGUCCAGGGAAACAGGCUUCUAAAACCUUAAGUCUUCAGCCACCUUCUGAGGUCUGCACAAAUUUAAGGGUUAACGGUACCGUGCUGCAAGUCAGUACCUCUUCUCCCACCCCUGCACUUCUCCCUGGUUCAACUGCCACACCCACCCAGUCUACGCCAGGCUUGAGAAUGAUAGAGCAAUGUGUGGUCGAGACCUCGGCUGCAGGAACUUCUUUGCCACCCUCUGUGUCUUAUAUCACCCUUCAGAUCCCUGCUGCAACCACAGCCCUUCCCCAGCCAACACAGCCUGCUGUCCCAGUCCAGACCCUCACUGUAGCAGCCACUUCAGCCUCACAGAUCCCCUUUGUAAGCCCCGCUCAGCCAACUCCCACUCCUACAGCUCUUACCCAGACUUUAAAUACACCAAAAGCAGCAGCCUCGGAGGCUGGCUCGUUGGUCACACAGGACACUGCCAUCAGGACUGUAAGUUACACUACAAUCCCUAACAGUCAAGCCCUUCUUAGAGCAGGGGCAGCAGGAAGCACACAGACUACUUGGACAACGCUGCAGAUGGCAGGGAACACAGUGCAACCGGUGUGUCAGAGUGUCCCCACCCCAGAAGUCAUCACCACCAGCCAGGCUGUGCAGCAGGUAACGGUGUGUCCACUGGGUAACAAACCUUCUGUUCAGCCCAUCCAAAUACAGAUGCAGCCACAUGUGCCCGUACAGCAAGCCCCAAUAACAGCUCACAUUCAAGCACAGCCCUUUCAGUCCACCCAGCUGCGGCCUGUGAUCCUGAACCAUGCAAAACCUCAACCUGUCAUAGCCCCCCAACCGCAGUGUGCUGUCCUCCCCCAGCCAGCUGUCGUUGCCCAUCCUCAUGUGUCGCAGCCCCAGCCUGCUAUACUAACACCAGCAUCAUUGGUUCCACAUCCUCAUACAGCUCUUAUUUCUCAGCCUCAGCCCCUCCCCCAGCCAGCGCUGGUUCCCCAACCACAGGCCACAGUGCUACCCCUUCUUCAGACCAUGCAGGUGCUGCAGGUCAACCCCACCAGUGGGACAGCCUCAGGUGUAUCAGCACCUCAGAACACCAACAAUCCAAGCGUAGUUUUUCUUCAACAGGCUAGUGCUUGCCCAUCCCAGUCAGUUUUAAGAGAGGAAAUUACCAAUCAGACACCCUGUCAGCAUAUUGUAAUUAUCCAGGCACCUAAUCAGGUUGCGCCAGCCCCCCAGACUCCUCAGGUCGGUGUGGUGCCUGCUGCAGUUCCUGGUAUGCCCACGCAAAUACCCACAACCAGCAGUACAACAUCUUGUACUGCUUCAAUGCAGAGCGUUGGGGGAAAGCAGCUAGUGCACAUUCUGCCACGCCCUAUUCAGCCCCAAAUGAACCAUCCCCUUCAGGUCCCCCAUGCCUCCUCCUCUUCCCCACCAGUUCCUCCAACCCCACAGACGAUUACUGUAAAUGGUCAGGUGUUUGCGCUGCAACCCAUGAAGACCUCUGACAAAUCCAACUCCCAGGGUGGCCAGACUACACUUCAGCUGGUCCAGCCUACCACCACAGAGGAACCAACUACUAAUGUGGCUCUCAACAGUUUAGGGGCGCUCAGCAGUCUAAAUCGCAUCUCUCAGGGCCUUCCAAUUCCCAUUUCAACCCAGAACAAUGGUCAGCCCCAAGCUGCUCCACUGUCAAUAGUCCAGCAGAAGAAACCUCCUCCUCCGGUGUCCGUCACUGGAACCACACUUGCUCUUCCUGCCCGACAACUCCAAGUCCCUUGUUUGAACGCAGUCAAAUCAAGGCCGGGAGUUAAUGCCUCUAAGCCUAAAGGAAAGAGGCUUCGUACAAAUCUGAAUUCAAAGAGUGCAACAGCAAAAAGGACAAAAGCAGCGAAGAAAAAAGAGCUCAGUGAGGCACAGCCUACUGUUGCUGCUUUGGAUACGCCCAUGGCUGCUGCAGGAGAAGAUCAGACCGUUCAAGUUGCGACAUCUCAAGUUUUACAGUCCUCAACUGUAAAAGUCACAGAAAUCCCCCCCUCUUGUUCGACAGCUGUCACAACUACAGAUUGUGGCGCCGCUUUCGAAAAUGUCAACUCUAUUCAAAACACUGAGGUAAUGGUUGUGUGUAGUUCUUCUAAUGAGUCAAAUGCUGUGAGUCAAAGUCAACCCAAUCCACAGAGUAAAAACUCUGUAAGUGAAACUCAGACUGGUGUAACUACUAACACCAGUGACAUAGCAACUGCAGUCACAACUGUUUACGCCCCAUCGGUUAAGCCAUCAGCUAGUGCAGCUGUGGACACUAAGAGUAAACCAGCUGUAGUUUCUGGCAGCGACUCAUCUGCCUCUGAACCCUUAGUUCCAGAGGCUAACCAGCCAACCGUGAAUAAAACAGCUAGCACAAUACAAAUAAAAUCAGCUGCCACACCUGCUAUUUCCAGGCAGAGCAGGCCUGUGGUCGUUUCCGCAGAUGCUGCUGAGGCCCUGUUUUCUUCCACCUCCGUUUCUGCUGCAUGUCUAACGCCAGUGUGCACAAGCACUGUCAAAGUAACUGCCCACGUGUCUUUAGAUCAGGGGUCCCAGCAGAGUACAGUAUGUGGUCCCCAGGUAUCGAAUACCCAAGCUCCUCUGUCCUACAAUACAUCUGAAUCUCAGCGCACACCUGCUCAAUUGGUUUCCACAACUGUUGCUCUCUCAUCACAUGCAGCAACAUUUCCUGCACCCCUAAGCACUGCUACAGCGCCUUCAACAGGUUCAGAGUUUAGGAAAAGGGUAACGACCAGCAGGGCUCCCACCCAGCAGAAGGACAUGCCCAACAAUUCCUCCUGUCAGCCAACUGAAGACAAACAACCCCAGCCCCACAGAAGAGAAAAGGAGGCUCAGAAAGAAAGACAAAACCAAUCAGCAGAGAAAGAUAGCUUGGUGGCAUCAACCACUGACACUCCCUCUAGAAAGGAUUUUACCCUUUCACAACAGGUGUUCACCAACCUUGACGAUCAAACUAUAGAGCAUCCCAUGACAUCAAGCAGACAAACUGAUUCUCCCAUAUCUACAGUUGCUGGGGGAGGCAGAGGGUUCUCUGUGGCCUCCAUGCUUCCUCAGGGCCAUAGUAUCAGUGCAUCAUCCGGCUCUUUUGGGACAUUUACAUUCACAUCGGAGCAGGCAGAGAUGCUGGCCUUGGCCAUGCUGGAACAAGACAGUCCAGGGAGGCGGAGUGGGGACAGUGCUGCUUCAACAAACCCUUCCACAGCCACGUGGGAGCCCCCCAAAACCCAACCGGUGUCUAGUGGUAAAGAAAGGGGCUCAACUGGACAGCAAACAAAAGUGACUAAACCCAUGGAUUCACUAACUGUCAAACCUGCUGUCCAGGUAUCUGUCAGUGGGCCCAGUGGAAAUAGACAUCAACAAAACAUCACAUACUCUCAGCCUCAGUCUCUCUCCCAUGUCCAAUCUCAGAGUGGCACUGUGGCCAGCCUCAGUGUCAACAACCUGAUCCGUCCAAGUUCCAGCCAACAAGCCUACCCUGGUUCUCCCAGUCUGGGUGGUCAACAAGGCUCACUUCCCUCACCUGCUGGAACAUCAGCCCACAUACCCCAGCCCUCAAAUAAUGCCCUCUCCCCUUGCUCAGGUGCAGCUCAGCUGAAUGAGUACACCCCCUUAAAAACUGCAUUAAUGAGGGCUCAGGCUGGAGUCAGUGUUGGAGAGCGACAAGUGAAGAUCAUCUCCAAGAGGCAGGCCCAGGAGGAGGUGAUGCUGAACCCCGGUAAGCGGCCCAAGCCUUGCCCUCCAUCGGCUCCAAUUGUAAGCCACAUGGAUGUGAAAGCAGCAGACCACAACCAGUUGAUGUUGGGACAGCUCCCCCCCACGUCCUCAGCCAUCAUGACAAGGAUUAAUACAGAAAGCGGAAGCUCCCUCUUCUCCACAAACUCCUUCAUGAGCUCUGUAGUUCGGCCCACAGAUGGCCACUGCCCUCCUCAAGCACCUCCUGAGCAGAACCAGUCAGGUGUGCUCCAUCUGCCCCAGAGUCAUCAACAGCAUGUUGCAACCCAGCCUGGCCAGCACCUGGGAGGAAACCUUUACAUGAAACAGCAGCAGCAAGAGCAACAGAGACACCAUCUGUAUCACUUACAGCACCACCUGACGCAGCCUGACCCCGCACAGCGCCACUCGCUACACCAGAGGGCGCUGCAGCAGCAGCAGCAGCAGCAGCAGCAGCAGCAGCAGCAGCAUCAGCAUGUGCAGAAGAAGCGGGGACUUGUCAGAGGAAGUCAGACUGGCUCACCUGCUGGCCUGCAACAGAAGCAGCAUCACCUGGAAAAGUCUGGAGUUCAGCAGCAGCACACACAUCAACAACAACAACAACAACAGUCACAGCAUCAACAGCACACACAGCAGCAUCAACAACAGCCGCAUCAGCAAUCUCAACAUCAACAACCAACACAUAACCAACAGUCUCAUACCCAGCAGCACCAACAGCAGACACACCCACAGCAGCCCCAAACGCAGCAUCAACAACACCAACAGCAGCAGCUACAGCAACAGCAGAGCUCCCAUUCCAGACACCAGCAGCAUUUGCAGCAGCAGAUCCAGCAGCAGCACUUUAGACACCAGGAGAAAAGCUGUGAGGCCCAGGCCGCAGGAUCCAGGGGACACCACAGCAGCCACCUCACCCAGCAGGAGCACCUUAAGUCUGGUCAGGACCAUAAUGCUAUGCAGAGGAUGAUGAACUCUAGGACUCUGGACCAGCAGCUCAUCUCUCCUCCCAGCAAUCCUGUGUCCCGGUCUUCUGAUCUGUCCUGUGCUCCAUCACGGCAGGAACGUCAUCGUGUUUCCAACUACUCAGCGGAGGCACUCAUCGGUAAGAGUUCAACCAGUGGUGAACAACAACAGCAGCAGCAGCAGCAGCAGCAGCAGCAGCAGCAGCGCAUGGGUCUCCACCUGCAGCCAAGCCGUGGUGCCACACAGGAGCAGCCAGACCUUCGAGGUUACCUGGAUACAUCACGAGGGAAGGCAAACGUUGCACACAACCAACAGAAUCGCCUCCCCUCAGACCAUCCAGGGUCUGCUGAUGUCCAGAGGGUCUCUGAGUGUCCACCAUUUAAGGCCAUGGGAGGAGGAGCUCAUCAGCUCGGCGGUUUCGAGGCUCAGGUGUCUCGUGGGACUGAUAUGACGCCAAAGUCGGGGCCACCUUCUCAAAGGGGCCCUCAGGGGCAGCAACAGGGGGGCUUCAGGAUGUGUGUUGGCCCUGCAACAGACGGCAGGAACCGUGGGGGCUACAGUACUGCUCACCCUGGCUCACAGGGAAUACAGGUCGGGCCGGCACUCCCUCGCGACCAGGAAAGCUGUCACCAGAGUUUUAUGCAAAGCCUCCUCUCCCCCCACAUGCCUGAGCAGAGCAACCACCAGCGAGCGGUGCAGUGCUGCCCCCCGGUGAGCAUGGACUAUAGCUGUGGGCCUGGAAGCUCUUCAGGAGACAUUCAGGCCAAGAAUUCAAGCCCCAGUCUGCCUCAGACUCAGAAGGCCCCAGCUAUGCGCCUCGGGGAGGGCAACAAGAGCCACAUUUCUCAGGUCAGCAGUAAUAUGCAUGGAGGUGUGCGCGCAGGUCUCCCCCACCCUCCGACGGCACAUAACAGCUCUGAGCCAGGACGUUCCUCUGUCCCCUCCAGACCACCGGCUGCUGUUAGUCAGCACUCUCGCCACAUCCCCCGAGAUACUCAGCCUGCCAAGCUGAGACUCGGAGACCGGCCUCGAUCAGGAGCUGUGAGGCAGAAUAACCCUUUUGAGCCUGAGGGCCACCUACCUCUGCCCUCGGGUGGAGGUGUGCUGCUCGGCAGACCUCAGUCUGGAGGAGAGGCACGCCGCAGCACAAUUGUUCGCUUUAUGGCAGACAGUGGUCAGGUUCCUAACGACAACAAUCUCGUUCCUGAGCAACACCUAACACAAAACUUUGGUUUCCCCUUUAUUCCUGAGGGGGGGAUGAAUCCACCUCCCAUCAAUGCAAACUCCACUUUCAUCCCUCCAGUCAGCCAGCCGAACACCUCCCGUACCCCCUCCUUACUUCCUGUUGAGCCCCAGAACACUUUACCCUCCUUCUACCCGUCCUAUUCACCCGCUGCUCACCCCAGCCUCGCCAGUGAUGUCACCCUCCAAUACUUCCCCAAUCAAAUGUUUACAAGCCCGAGUGCCGACAAGGGCAGCGCUCCACAACUCAACAACCGCUUCGGCUCCAUUCUCUCCCCGCCUCGCCCAGUGGGUUUUGGACAGGCCAGCUUCCCCUUGCUCCCUGAUAUGCCGCCUAUGCCCAUUACCAACUCAUCUGGAAUCACUCCUCACAUAUCCAACUUCAGCCUCACCUCGCUGUUCCCUGAGAUCGCCACAGGCAUGCCCACCGAUGGCUCAGCAAUGCCCAUGUCCCCCCUGCUGUCCCUCUCCAACACCUCGUCUGCCGACUCAGGCAAACAGCCCAACCGUCCCGCCCACAACAUCAGCCACAUUCUGGGACACGCCGGCAGCUCGGCUGUGUGAAGAGGGUCCUGCUGCUUUUUGAGCUGAAACCUCGAAGUAAAGAUUAAACUCUUUUGAAGAGUUUAAUUUUUAAUUUGAGAUGUGUUCUAUUUAGAUGCUUAACAUGGUGUUUAAGCAUGUCUGUCUACUGUUUGUUUUCUCUGUUUACAUCAUCACAGUUUCAAUCUCAGAUUAAUUUCCUCUGGCACAAUUAUGUCAAAGUUAUGAUUUAUGUUACUUCAGAAAUCUUUUAAUUUUAAUGUGACAGAAAAAUGUGAUCCUGUUCUUUGAACAGUUGGUUAAAGUGACUGUAAAACAAAUCAAGUUUAGGUUUCGAACUUGAAUCACUGGUCACUUGAAGUAUCAUGGGGUCAUUAAGAAACCUUCUGAACAGUAACCUACCAAUGUAAUUAACUAACUUAUAUCAGGUUAUACUGUACAGAAUGAAUUUGUUUUUUAUAAGAGCUAUUUUGUACAUACCAAUGUUUCAUAUCAGAAUUGAUAGAUUAUGUAUGUAUUUGUAAAUACAAAAUUGUUUAAUAAAGUUUAUAAGGAGACAUUUGUAA